UGCAACACCCUAAUGGUUGACGACAGCGUGUUACACGGUAAACCUUCCGAAACACACGCUAUAGCACAGAAAUGGAGGGAGGUGGACGAGCGCACCGAGGCCGUGGUGGCAGUGGUAGAAGAGGUGGCGGUGGAGGUGGAAAUGAAUCUGGCACCUUUGGGGAGCAUAGAGGAGGGAGAGGGAGAGGCAGUCACCACCGAGGAAGAGGCAAAAGGGAUCAUUAUCGGGGGCGAGGACGAGGCACACCUGCAGCAGACUUUAACCGGGGCCAAGAUGAAAAUAACGACAGGGCAGAAUUUGAGGGCGAGGGACCCAGUACAUAUUCCAGAAGGAAACUUGAAUCUAACUGGGACCGCUACGAGGCGUCUGAGCAGCUUGAACAGAACGAAGCCGUGCCCGUGCAGAGAGGAACAGACUACCAUGCGCUGCUGGGCUCUGCGGGGGACUCUUUUUCACAGUUCCGGUUUGCUGAGGAGAAAGAUUGGGAGGCGGACUCGCUGGCUUCACACCAGAUGUCCGGUGUGUUUCUGGAUCUGGCAGUCCUGACCCAGACUCUUCAGGAGCUGCCCCUCCACCAGCGACUCAACUUGGAGCCAGAGCUCGUUCAGGAGGCCACACCGGCAGACCUACCUGCUGUUUCCAUGGUGACCAAACCGGACACCAGCAGUGGCCCUCUGGGGAGUGGCGGGGCGUUUAAGGUGACCGCUGCUGCUGUUGCUCCUGGCCCGGUGAAACCAACAGCAGGGGCAGCCAGAGCCCCGGAAGCCCCAGACGCCCCAGAAGGGGCUCGGGUGUCCUCAAGCAAAGCAGGGAAGACCCAGGAAGAGGAUGAGGCGGACAAGGAGCUGGACCUCCUCCUGGGCCUGCAGAAGCCGGUCACGGAGCUCUCCAUCUCUGACCCCCACCCAAGCAGCCCAGAGCUCAGCCCUAGUCAAAAUGGAGCUGAAGAGAAGAAAGCUGAGGAGGGGGUGGAGGCGGCAAAGGAACAGGAAGUCCCACCCAAAGCUGUUCCUGUGAAACAGGAAGUGACCGAGGAGGACCUUGAGGGCUGGCUGGACAGCAUGAUCUCCUGACCACAGCGCUCAUCUCAUCCAGCCGGGCCAAUCAGCAGUCUCAAAGGGCCCCAAGACCAGACCAGAGGCCCAAUCAGCGGUCUCGGAGGAUAACACCAUAGCGACGGUCCAACCAUCUGUCACAAAAGGGAAAGAAUGCUGGUGCUCCUGAUUCGCAUUACAUAGAGACACGCAGCUGCUGCCAGUCAGCAGAACAUACUCUACGUACAGCUGCAAAAAUCACAUAGCCUGAAUGCAGUUUAAUUUUUUGCCAAAAAGGAAACGAAGACCAAAAAAAGCAAUCCAUCCGUAACCAAUCCCCGUACUCAGCCGCUGCUUCGGAACCAGUCUUCCUCAACAACGCACGGCUAUAUCACCAGGACUUAAGCAGACUGACGUGUUAUUUCAGAUUUGUAUUCUGACAGUGUGCCCUCUUAGUCUCUCUUGAGUUGUCGGACACUGUGCGUGUGCGUGUGCGGCCUGUGUAGUCACCCGUGCACAGAUGUGACAUCCUCUUAGCUCCGUGAGGCAUAACUCAGCCUAACAAGUGUCGCGUCUUUGGGUGACUUUGAGGCCCGGCUGGUCGGUCUGUCGUCUGCGUCUGGCGUAGAAUAGAUUGAUGUGCCUGGAGAAAAUGACUGACACCUUUGGAUUUAUUGCAUCGGUUGCUUUAUUCUCUUUUCCCCCCUCCCCAAAAAAAGUCAUGGCUAU